UCAUGUUGGUCAUCCUGAACAAUCCUGAAUCAGCACAGCCAAUAGAAAAAAAUUGAUCAAUUAAAAAAAAAAAAAAAAGGAAUUGGAUCAACACGUGAAAAAGAUUUACUGUCUCGUUGUGUAUAUUGUUUAUUAAUAAACAAUAAAAUACUUGUUUAUUAGGUGAUAGUAUAAAAAACAUAAACAAUGGCAGAAUUUGUUGAAAAACGUUGUGAGGAUAUGAUCCCACAAUUGGAGCAAAUGGAAAGGAUAAAAUUAUUUGAAAGAACUGAAAUUAAGGAUAUUGCAAAAAAACGUAAAGAAUUUGAAUAUAAAAUUCAACGACAUCAAAAAAAUAAAGAAGAUUUUUUGAGAUAUAUUCAGUAUGAAAUGGAUUUAUUAAAACUUGUUAAAGAACGUCGUAAGAAAUUACAAAUUAUUGCUAAAAAAAGUGAGAUUGAUUUUUCUAUUGCAAAUAAAAUUAAUUCAUUAUAUAAAUCAGCAGUAUUUAGAUUUCAAGAUGAUUUUAGAUUUUGGAUUGCUUACAUGACAUUUUGCAAACAAGUUAAAUUUAAAUCUUGCGUGAGUAGAAUGAUUGGUAAAAUGAUUCAGGCACAUCAAAAUAAUCCAAAAUGUUGGCACAUUGCAUCAAAAUGGGAAAUGGAAGAGAAUAAAAAUUUAGAUAAUGCUAAAAAAUAUAUUCUUGCUGGUUUACGUUCACAUCCAGAUUCUCAGCUACUCUAUACUGAUCUUUUUACAUUAGAAUUGGAACAAACAGAGAAAAAAACUAAUAAGCCAGCUAAAGCUAAAAAAGUUGAUGAAUCAACUAGUGAUAAAGUUGUUGAAUCAGUUGAUGCAAAAGUUGAUGAAUCAAUUGAUGAAAAAGCUGAUGAAUCAAUUGAUGAAAAAGUUGAAGAAUCAAUUGUUAAAGAGCCAAAAAUUGAAAAUGAUUUACCAGUUGAAAUAAAACGUGCUCAAAUAAUUUACAAAACAGCAUCAAAUAAUAUCAAUGAUGUAAAUUACAUUAUUGGACUUUUAAAUAUUGCUAAAAAUUAUAAAAAUACUGAAAAGUUACAAAAUCAAAUACUUGGUGAUUUAACUACUAAAUAUUCAAACAAAGCAGAGAUGUGGGAUUUCAUGGCAAGACGUGAACUUGAAGGUUUAUCAUACAAUCCAGAUGACGAAAAAAUGGAAGUUGAUAAUGACAUGGAAUCAUCAUCAGUAAGAGACAGAAUAAGUUCUUGCAAUGAAGUUUAUCAAACAGCUGUUAAACGUUUAAAAUCUGAACAAAUUUGGUCGUUAUAUAUAAAUUGUCUUCUUGAAAUUAACAAAGAUUUAACAGUACUACCAAAUUACAAACGUAAACUUUUAAAAAAUGCAUUAAUUCAAGCACAUCAAGCUAAAAAACUACAAGAAAAAUAUUACAUUAAUUGGUUUCACAUGUUGAAAAGUGAUAAACAUGAUGAAACAUCUAAUGAAAAAAUUUAUCAAGUGUUAAAAUAUGGAACUGAUGCUAUUCCAAGCUCAUUAACUCUUUGGCAAAUGAAAUUAAAACAUUUAAUGAAAAUAAAUAGUGACAGUGAAAUAAUAGAUAAUGAAUUUACAAUUGCUAUUAAAGCAUUGGGUGAUAAUUCAUUGCCAAUAUGGCAAAUGAAAUUACUUUAUUAUCAAGCAAAAUGUCCAGAUAAAGUUGAAGAUAUAUUCAAGACUGGAAUAAUGCAAGCUCCAGAAAUAUCAAAGUUAAUUAAAGUUCCAUAUAUUGAAUGGAUUAUUUUAACUAAUGGUAUUGAAGCUGCUAGAAAAAAGUAUCAAGAGUUAUCAUUACUUCCACCAUUGUGUUUAGAGUUACACAAAAAAAUGGCUGAUUUAGAAAUACUACAGCCAAAUGUAUGUAAAUUAAAUGCAAGAAAACCACAUGAAAUGGCAGCAUUGCAAUUUGGAAAAAGUCAUAUUGAAGUUUGGCUUGAUUAUAUUUUAUUUGAAAUGAAACAUGGUGAUCCAAUGAAAGUAUCAGACAUACAUAGAAGAGCUGUUAAAACAUUGGAGCCAGCUAAAACUGAUCAGUUUAUAACUCAGUACAGUUUACUAUUGGCUAAUUCAGAAAACAUCACAUUAUAAAUAUUAAAAAUUAAACAAAUGUUUGAUUAAAAAUUUGUUUAUUAUGUAAAUUUUUUUUUCAAAUGAUGUAUUUAUAUCAUCACAAUUGUGCAGAGUGAAUUAUUAUUUUUAUUGUUGAAUAUAAUCAGUGCUAGAUUGCUUGGUUUUUUUUUUUGUGCAAGUGGUAAUUAAUAAUCAAGUAGUGGUAUUUCUUUUUCAAGUUGAGUCAACACAAUGUUACGAUCAGUUUCGUUUUGUAGUUUUGAACGAUCACCACGUUUUAAAGUUGCACGAAUAUCAAGACAUUUAAUAUCAGUCAUCAUUGAGUGUUGUUUAUCAUCCAAAUUACCUUGGAUUUUUAUCAGCAAUGAUUCAAGACCAUUGUAAGUUGUUCUGUAAUUUAAAAAAUAAAAUAAUCAAUAAUUGUAAAACAAAAAAUGAAGAAGAAUGAAAUAAUAGGUUAAUUUAAAAAUA